UCCGAUGAAAAAGACCCAGUUAUGGCAGACUUCCAACGGGCUCGGCCACUUUAACUUUUCAUUAGAGCAUCACUCUUAGGUUAGAAUCUGGUAAAAAUCUAUGGACACGUGGUCUGUAAUCGUGGCUCUCGGUGAUCUGUCAAGGUAUUAGAGAGACCAGUGCUCGUAGGUCGUGAGAAGAAUCAAGUUGCCACAUUCGUAAACUUAAUUAACUUCAAAGUUAAUAAGAUAUGAAAUCUAGUUUCAAUGGAAUGCAUUUCAGAGCUGGCAUAAGUACCGCUCGAUGAAAAACUAUUUUUAGAGCACGCGGUUCACUCUUUAGAGAUAUAAAAUUGUGAGUCGUGCUCGAUUACUGGCUUUGUUCAAGCAUUGUAAUACUUUAUGCUUGUUUAUCGAGCAAUGAAGGAUUAAAGAACAGACUGCAUGGAGUUCAAAGCACUUAGUGUAAACAUUGUUUUUAACUCUACAAUUCUACUAUUUACAUAUAUCAAAAUUACUUGGAAUGGUGAUAUUCGGUACUUGCAAAGUACUCUCAAGGUCUAAGGCAUAAAUCAUGCCGGAAAGAAACUAAUAAUCUAACAGGAAGCUAGAACUGAUAACACUGUAUGCCUUUUCAAGAGAAAAAAUCUUAUACUGUGUUCUGCCUAAUCCGACUAGGAUAGCAUCAAUUUAUAUCAUAUAUAUAUAUAUACACAUACAUAUAUAUAAUAUUUAUAUAUAUAUACAUUACAAAUUAUUGAACAAUCAAUGACGGCUCGUAAUAAUUGAUUGAAAUCUUAUUGGACAUUUCUCUGGUGGUAUCUGACAUAAUGAGUGCUUGUGCAAGUGAACAUUUUAGCAAGAUACUUUAAUGUUCUAAUUUAAUUUGAGCCCUAUGGCGUGGAAGGAAAAGAUGCAGCCUAUCGAUCUUGCUAGCCUUGUGAUAUACAAUGUUUUAUUACUGCAAUUCUGUUUAUCAACAAAUGCAGAAGGAAUAUCAUGUUACAAGUGCACUAUAUUGCCACCCAUAAGAAUCUCUAAUAUGAUGCAACCUGUAAGUCAGCUUUGCUCUCAAUUUGACGAAAGUAGUCGUUUUCAAGUAUUCUGCCCAACUUCGACUUUUUGCAUGAAAAAGACAUUUCACUUGAAAUUGGCUAAUGGCACUAUAGUGACAAGUGUCUUGAGAGAUUGUGCUUCACAGAGACAUUUAUAUCAGUCGUACAGUUUUAAGGAGGCUAAGUGGAAAGAAGUAGAAGAGGUAGUGAAAACGGCUUAUAACGAAGGAUGUUUUACUGAAGAAGACCAUGGUACACCUGCAGGUCCUCCUGAGUAUUGUUAUUGUAGCUACCAUUUGUGUAAUGAAUCGCCAUCAAACCAAAAAUCAUCUAACAUUUUUGUUAAUGUUGUACUAAUGUUGGGGUUACUAAUUUGCAUUGCCCAAGUACUAUAUUUAUAAUUUAAACUUUCUGUAUAAGAAGAUUAUAGGAUACAUUGUGAUUGUGCUUAUUUGCACAAUUAUAAAAUAUACAUAGGAUAUCAUAGAUGCAUUUCAAAGAUCGCAGAACAAGAUGUUAAAAUAUUUUCAUAACAAGAUGGGCUGUGAGUACUUAAAUAGAAUUGUGAAGUUUGUGUGCCUAUUUCCAUGCAAAUUAGGUACUGUGAUAGCAUUAAGAUACCUCACAUGACUUAACUCAGUUUAAAUUAAAAUAGAUCAAUUUUGUGUUAAACACGGUAACAAGAAAUUAAUAUAUAUUUACAUAUAUUAAUUUCUUAAUUAUAAAUAUAUAUGGUGUAUUUUUAUAUGAUCAUUCAGAUAAUUUAAUCUAUAGAGCCACAGUAACUAUGUACAUUGUUCUAGAUUAUGUCAGCUAGUAAAAUUGAACUUAUGGCGCUGUUUUAAUUAAAUUUAUAAAGUAAAAAUAAGAGAGUCUCAAAUGUGAUGUUUUACUGUGUAUCAAUAUUUUGGUUUCUUAUUAUUUUGGAAAACUAGCACACAGAACUGUUUGAUAUUCGACAUGUGAAGGCUAAAAUUUAUAUAUGAAACUAAUUUUCAAGUAAGCAGAUGUAAUGCUCAGUGAUCUAACAAAGCAUACAUUUGCAUUAUUAUGAAAUUGAAUAGGUUUAUCAUAUCACAGAAAUUUAUUGAUAGAUAUAUCAGUCCUCUCACCCUAGCUUUUAUGUAAUACAAUUUCAGGCAAUUCCUUGUAAUUUUUAAGAUUAGUGAUAAAUGACGACAUAAAUUCAAGUGGCAAUAAUUACUUUUGAAUCUCCUAAAUGGCCUAUAGGCCACUAAAACAUUGAAUUUAAUUUAGUUUAUAUGUACAUACAUGUGAAUUUUCAUUUUAUAGUCCUCAUAUCCGUAUGGUCUGUUCAUUGAGGAAUACAAACAGUGCAAUACAACUUGAAUGAUAUUUACGUGCAAAAUACAUGCUUAUUUGAAAUAA